UUUUAAUUCAUAGCAACACCAAUGAAUGAUAAAGGUGUACUGAAAAUUUAAAGUUGGUUUUGUUUCUAAUUUGAAUCCUCUUACUCAUAGACUGGGUAAACACUGAAUAAUCAUCUUAAAGUCUGUUUUUAAAUGUUCUUCCAUAUUAUAGGCUCUCUAGGAAGCACCAGAAUUAUCAGUGAAGAAUAUAUUAAAUGGCUCACGGGCUACUGUAAAGCAUAUUUCUAUGGCUUGAGAGUAAAACUCCUAGAACCAGUUCCUGUUUCCGCAACAAGGUGUUCCUUUAGAGUCAAUGAGAACACACAAAACCUGCAAAUUCAUGCAGGGGACAUCCUGAAGUUCUUGAAAAACAAGAAACCUGAAGAUGCCUUCUGUGUUGUGGGAAUAACAAUGAUUGAUCUUUACCCAAGAGACUCGUGGAAUUUUGUCUUUGGACAGGCCUCUCUGACAGAUGGUGUGGGGAUAUUCAGCUUUGCCAGGUAUGGCAGUGAUUUUUAUAGCAUGCGCUAUGAAGGCAAAGUGAAGAAGCUCAAGAAAACAUCUUCAAGUGACUAUUCAAUUUUCAACAACUAUUAUAUUCCAGAAAUAACUAGUGUUUUACUACUUCGAUCCUGUAAGACUUUAACCCAUGAGAUCGGACACAUAUUUGGGCUGCGACACUGCCAGUGGCUGGCAUGCCUAAUGCAAGGCUCCAACCACUUGGAAGAAGCUGACCGGCGCCCUCUAAACCUUUGCCCUAUCUGUUUGCGCAAGUUGCAGUGUGCUAUUGGCUUCAACAUUGUAGAAAGAUACAAAGCACUGGUGAGGUGGAUUGAUGACGAAUCUUCUGACACACCUGGAGCAACUCCAGAGCACAGUCGUGAGGAUAAUAGGAAUUUACCGAAACCCGUGGAAGCCUUUAAGGAAUGGAAAGAGUGGAUCAUAAAAUGCCUGGCUGUUCUCCAAAAACAAGGACCUUCAAAUAGGAGUGAUUGAAAUAAAUGACUACUUGCAUGUUAUGCUUUCAUUUGGGUGGAAUACCUCAUCGAAAUAAACUACUGAUCUUGUGCUGUGUCAAAGUAACAGACUAGAACCUUCUUUCAGGUACCUGAAUUGAAAUGAAACUGAAUAAUAAAAACUCUAGAAACUCUU